AUGGCGCAAACAGCUAGUGAGAAUAUUGCCAAACUUAUUAAAAAGAGAGGAAGCAUAAAAGCUAAGCUAACUCAUUUCGCAACAUAUUUUGAUUCAGCUAAAGGCUAUAAGGAGCUAAGCGAAGUCCAUGCCAAUGAGCUUCGAUUACGCCUUACGCGUGUCGAAAGCAUUAUCCAGGAAUUCGAUGAUUUGCAGACUGAGAUCGAAUCGCUCUCUGAAUCCCCUGAGGAGCAGUACGCAGCUCGAGAGAAGUUUGAGGCUCAGUACUACCAACUGACCGCGGCCGCCCGCACCUUGCUCGACACAGCCGGCGCUGGAGUGCGUCGAGGCGGGUCAGGUUCCGUGUCGAGCUUCGGCGACGCCAAAACAGGUGGGACUUGCAACCAUAACACGAGGUUUCAAUUGCCGAAAAUUAAUAUUCCUAAAUUUGAUGGUGCUUAUCAGAAUUGGCUCGAAUUUAGAGAUACGUUUAGUUCUUUAAUACAUACUAAUAAAGAUUUGGAUGAUAUUAGUAAAUUUCAUUAUUUGCGAGCUUCUUUAGUAGGAAGCGCCGCUAUAAUUAUACGAAAUAUUGACUUCACAAGUGAGAAUUAUAUAACCGCUUGGGAGUUAUUGUGUGCGCGCUAUGAUAAUUCUAGGCUAUUGGUGAAUAACCAUGUACAAGCAUUAUUUAAUAUAGGGUCAAUAACGAAAGAGUCGAGCAAGUCACUGCGUUAUUUGAUUGAUGUUACUAAUAAAAAUAUUAGGGCUCUCACUAUUUUGAAGCAACCUACCCAGCACUGGGAUACUCUUAUAGUUCACAUGAUGGUUACGAAACUAGAUUCCACCACUCUUAGGAAAUGGGAGGAAUACAGGAAUACCUUGUCUGAACCGCCUACACUCGAAAUAUUUUGUACAUUUGUACGAAACAGAGCAGACCUGCUAGAAUCCUUGGAGGAAAAUAAUAAAAUGCACAAAGGACAAUGCCCUGACACGUCGAAAAAUAAAUCUUUCUUAAAUGUAUCCAGUGGUUCAGAUAAAGUUAAUACACGCAAAGAGAACUUAUGUCCUAUGUGUAAAUCUGAUCAUUUAUUAUAUCAUUGUGAUAAGUUUAGGGAGUUGUCCAUAGAAAACCGUAUUUCGAAGGCAAGAGAUUUGAAGGUACAAACAUAG